AUGUCAACAUCGAAGCAGCAGUACAAAGAGCUCCUACACAUCGACGCUACAGACACCGAAAUGACAGUAUCAAAACGCCUCGCAGAAGCCAUCGCCAUCCGAGGCGCGAGACUCUGCACAUGCGGUAUUGCGGCGAUCUGCAGAAUGAAGGGCAUCAAAGGUGGCUAUGUGGCAGCGGAUGGCAGCGUGGCGAAUAAGCACCCAAAAUUCAAGAAGCGAUGGGCAGACGCUUUGGGUGAGGUGAUUGGCUGGUCGAAGGAUAGGAACGAGGAUCCGAUCACUAUGACGAGUGCAGAGGAUGGGAGUGGGAUUGGUGCGGCUGUUAUUGCUGCUAUGACGGUCAAUCGCGCGACGAGGAGGGAUAGUUUGAGGAUGUUGGAUCAGAGGAUAGGGCAGUGA